UCGGCGCGGGAGGAGAGGCGUCCCCAGCGGCCGCCCCGCCGGCAUGGGGGGCAGCGAGAGUAGCCACGGCGGCAGGAAGGUGUCCUUCGGGCUGGACGAGCGGGAGCAAGUCCGGGUGCUGCAGGGCAUCAGGCUCACUGAAGAUGUAGUGAAUCGGAUGAAAGAAUCUCAAAGUAAAAGGGACAGCCAGAGGUCACCCCACUUACCCAGUGGUACAGCUCAAUUUUCAACAGCCGCAGAAGGGAAACCCAAAUCUCCUACAGGAAUCCAGCCACCAACAGCAAGUAACUCUGGUCAGAAGGCUACAGUUGCAGAGCAGGAAUUAUAUAGGAGGUAUGAGCAGGAGCAGGCCCUGGUUCAAGAGGAGCUGCUCCGGCUGGCCAAAAGAGAAAGGGAAGCAGCUGGUGAGGUGCUGAGUACUGCCCUUCAGCGGGAAAGGAGCAGCACCAAUGAGGAGAGGAAGAGAGCAGCUCAGCUGCCUGAGGAUUUGGACGCCUGGGCUGUGGAGCUGCAAGGCAGGGAGGCAGAGCUGAAGCAGCAAGAGGCCUUCUAUAAAGAGCAGUUGGCGCGCAUUGAGAGGAAGAAUGCAGAAAUCUACAAGCUGACGUCGGAGCAGUACCAGGAGGCAGCCACCAAGGCAGAGGAAUGGAUAAAGAGGAGGAACGUUGAUCCUGUCUGUGCAAGUCUGCAGUCUGAAAUUCUGAAGUGCUAUCAAGAAAACCAACGUGAAGUGCUCAAAUGCUCGGAGCUGGCUAAGGAGUAUCAGCGCUGCGUUAGUGCGGCUCAGAAGGAGCUUUUAGUUAACUCUGGAUAAACAUCAGCCACCAAACAGCAGAGGACAGGGACCACAGAUGCUCCCUGGAAGGCCCAGCAUCCUUCUGGAAAGACGCUGACCAAAACUGGUGCCUUCUGCCUGUCAUGGUCCAAGACAACAAUAUGAUUCCUCUUUUAAUGGCCUGCAUGUACUGGUCUGUGUGGAUGCUUCUGGAGCCAGGCAGAGUGUCGUAGGAGAGGGGAACAUUUGCUUCAUUUUUGUAUUAUAAUAGAAUGUAAAGAAUGGCCUUGACUCCAGCACGACUUGUUGCUUGGAGGCAUACUCCACACAGGCCUGGUUCACCUUGUGCUAGCUUUGGUUUCACCAACCCCUGUCUGAGUUUCAAGAGUUGUUAUUUUUGUCCGUUUGCUCCAGAAUUAAGGGACUGAAGUACUUAGAAAUAACCCUGACUAGCUUGUUGGGAUUAGCUGUUCCUAGCAUGCUCUGAUUGGCUACACCAGCAGGCGUGUUUCUUCCCUUCUGAGGUUCUCUCCUAAGUAAUAAAGUGUUUAAUGGUCA